GACCGACCUAGGGCAUGUUCAGUUUAAAGUUUUUGACAGAGUUUUCAGAUUUCUGGUUUGAAAAUUCAGAGUCUAGUUUGGAUUCAUAGUUAUCUUUCCAAAGCAAAUAGCCACCAGUGGUUAAAAAUGCCUCCAAAGCGGGCAAAACGGGGGUCAGCAUCGAAGUCCAGCGCUGAAGCUGCAGGUAACAAGAAAUGGGAGGCUGGUCUCACCGAAGCACAACUGGAAGAGGUGUGUGUGUGUGUAACGUGUAUAACUUUGAAAUAAACUAAAGUGAUAUGUUGUUUUCUGAUAAAUGAAUGGGGAAAAAACAGACAUUUUGAAGCCAAGAGUGUCAGUUUAGCUAACAAUAGUUUAUCUGAACAGAGCCCCCGAUACAUGAAGAUUGGGCGGUGUUUGGUCCAAAGUUAACCCAGUAAUAACCGUUAUUUGCAUUGGUUGAUUGAGUGUUAAUAAGUUUCGUGCCCUGUACUACUGGGGAUUAUAUGGCAGGUGUGGCAAAAAACAAGUUUAAAGAUUAACCUUUAAGUUUUAUUUUGAAAGCAAUAGCUGCACAAACAUAGUUGCCAUGUCCGCUUUAUUAUAAGCGUCUUCGAGCUUGUUUUUGUCAGAAGUCGCUUGUAAAACUCGUGAGUCUCGGGUUGCCACUUCUUUUUUAACUAGUAGUUGCUUAUUAGGGCUUGCUUUUCUGUCCGCGUGAAUCCCCCAAUGGUUAUUUUACAGCUCCCCACAAACAUAGAUAUCUAUAAGAAAGGCUAGGUGACUUGUACUUUUUUGAGUACAAGUCAGAUGAGUGGGCGAGUGUCCCGUAGCAAAAUGGCCGCCAUGCGCGGAAGUCGGUCUCCAUUGGCCAACAGCGCGCGUAAGCCAUCUAGCGUUUAUAUAUUUAUAUCUAUGCCCACUGAAGCAAAGCAUAGCGCGAUUGCGGAAGGUAGUUUGUCCUUUCCAGACCACCGUUUCCAAACAAUUUAAGUAUCCUAAAGUUUUUAUGUUAACCGUGUUUAUUAUCAUUCUGCCGUUAAUGUAAUAAUAAUUGUUUAUAUUUUUACCAUUAACCAGCGGCCCCUGUUUUACACAAUGCGACGGGUUGCGCACAAAACGUCUCUCAUUGAUACGUUUGCUAGCUUGAUAUUUAUAUCUCUUGUUAAAGUAAUGAUUUGCUGUCUUAAGCCACACCAUUUAACUCAGUAAGUAUGACUUGGUAUCUUUUGUCAGUGUUAAUUCACAAAUGUCAUUUCAUUGUCAAGUUAAAAACACAGGACACUUAAUGUGAAAAUAGUGUAACCUGGCAGGCUGUGGUUGGCAUGUUUGGUAAGUCAGCAUAAAUGUGUUUUAAUGUUUUUUUUUCCAGGAAACAUGGCGGGCUUGUGUCUCAUUUGUCAUUGGAAAAACCCCAAAGGACGAGGAACUGAUCCAGGCCUUGGUUCUAGCUGUCCAGAAACCACUUCGCAGGCUUUUUACCCUGUUGACCUGGGACAGCACUCUUGCAAAGGUAUGGUUGAAUUGCUUUGGGGAUUUCUAUCUGCUGCUUUUUUAAAUAGCUUAUUUGCCUUUACAUUUAUUUGUUAAGUUAUGUAUAAAACCUAUCUUUGUACAGGUUUUCUGUGUUUUAAUGCAUUAUUGAUAAAGGUUUUGUUCAACUUUAUUGUAGAUCCAAGAAUUGGGGAAUCCUAAAGCCAAAAAACCUGAUGAUGUCCCCAAGUUCUACGAGGUAGCUUUCAGAUAAGUCCAUUGAUAUCCUGUCACAAAGAAUAACAACUAAAGUUGGUAUUGCAUGGACCCCUGGUGGUGUAAAAUAAAAAUUGUUGUAUCUGUUGAUAUCAGCUGAGUGGUGGUGCUGGCUUGUACGUUUUGCAGAUUAAUGAGCCAGCCAAGGUGCUGUUGGAUGCAGGAGAGGAAAUCCCCAUUGACCUGAUGGCAAAAAUACUCAAGUUUCAUCUUCUGCAAAUCAAAUCCAGUGAUCAGCAAAGGAAGGUGGAAGAGCAGGCAUGUGGUUUUUGAUCAAAGAAAUUAGAGCAAUGAUGAAUGCAGACUUUGCUGUGACUGAGAUUUGGUUGUUUGUUUUCACCUCUUUUUUGCCACUUUCUCUUUAAGGCUGAGGAGGAAAAGGCCAAGGCUGAUCGUCCCUCUGGAAAGAACAAAGAAGGGGCCAAGGCUCCUCCUGACAAUAAGGGAAAGAGGGCACCUCCAUCUGCAAAACAGUUCAAGGAGAAGACCAAGCUCAAGCGCAGAGAUGAUGUGGAACCACCUGCUUUUAUAGGCAAACCCUUUCUUGUGUCAUAGAAUCCAUGUAGUGUUCAGGCUAAAACGAGACAACUGCUGCUACUGCUUUCUUUUGUGUAUAGAAUUGUAGUGUGACAUUUUUUUUUUUUUAAAUUUUGUCAAGAAGUUCAGGAGCAUAAAUUAACUGUGUUUUGUGUUUUUAUAUAUUUUUGGACACAGAUGAUGAGCCAGAAGAUGGUCCUCAAUGUUACAUUCUGGUGCUUGGUUUCUACCAGCCCCAACUGAUCAGGGCGCUCGAUGCCAUCGGUGUACAUGUGGCUAAUGUCAUUCAGUUGUGUUCAGAGCACACAGAGGAUUCGGAGGGGCUGCAGGAACAACAUGCAUGUGAGGACAAGGAGCCGAGUCCAGGUUUGGAUUCAGGUAUCAGGCUUUUGGUCGUUAUUAUGCACAAUAGAGAGCUGCAGACAAUACUUCACUCUAUAUUCAAUUCUUUUAUUUUAUUAUUCCAUUUUGUCAUCAUUUACACAGCAUCCUGACUUUUCUAGAAUCAGGGCUUUACACAACCUGUCAUUAUUUCUUCUGUGUGGCAGAAGCAGAAGUUUCUGAGGCCGCUGAAGUGAAGAAGUUGGAUCUCUUCUGGUCAGGUUUGAGACCAGUUUUGGACUGUGAGCCGCCUGAGUCCAAGCUCCAUAAUGUGGUUCAGCUACGAUACACUGUCCAGGAUUUUGUACUUCCUUUCCACAAACAGGACCCUGAGGCUGAGGUAAGUUGACUCUGCUCUUUAUCUGUCUGACUCACUUUCGUUUUUGAUGCUUUUUGCCAUCAUAAACCACGUUUGUUUUUCCUCACUGUUUUUGCUGUGCCAUUGUAUACUCUACAUUCUCCUCAAAUGUAUUUCUUAUCUGUGUGUCCAGUUGUUGAUGGGCAGCAAAAUCUUUGAGGGUGUGGCUAAUCUUAUCUAUGACUGUCUGGACUGGCGCAGGCAACAUCAGCACUACCUGGACAGCAUCAGACUCAUCAGUGUGCCCACAGUUAAGGGCUUGGAUCUACAGCCUGCAGAGGUACACACACACAUACAGUACACUAAAAUGCAUGCAUGUCCCUGGGAAACAACAGAGUGGCAGAUAGUUGUUAUUUUCACUAUAAAUGGAAGUGCAGGUUACCCACUGAGCAUUUUGGGGUCUAAAAGAGGUCUAAUAGACGUCUAAAUGUAGCCUAGAUGAUUGGUCUAAAAUCAGGCUACCACAGGUCUAAAGAUGAAAGUUUUUUUCGACGUCUAAAUAGUUUGUGAAAUACAUAAUAAGUCAACAAGUUUUAGCUCAACCCACUUCACGAUGUUUCCCGCUGUGCUGGUCUCGGUCACGCUGAGUUAACGGUGAAGCACCAUGUAAUAUGCAAGCUAAAGUUAGAGUUAGCCGUCUGCUAUUAGCCUUGCUACACUGUUAGCCAGUAACAGUAGAAUAAACAACAGUACACAUUACGUGAUCGAGUUACGACGCGGGGGGGUAAAAAUGCUUUUCUGGUCCGAGUUUGAUCAGUCAGUCUUCCUUUUUAUAAUUUCAUUAAAAAAAAUUAAAAAUCGGCUGAUUAAUCGGUAAUCAAAUUCCCCCCCCCUUAUUAAUCGGUAUGGGCACUGGCCCCCAAAAAUCCAUAUCGGUCAGGCCCUACACUGUAUGUUGCUCAAUGGCUAUUAUAAUUAUUUGGUUUAGUACUUGGAGAUCAGUGAUGCAACUCACAGUUGCUUUUUGAAAUAAGUAGUUAUCAGAUAAUGGGUGAAAGGGGAACGUCUAAAUUCCCUCUAAAAAUAUACAGAAUCUAGAUGGUUGAAAUUAGGUCUAAAAAAAGCUGGAUGUCUAAUAGCUGUCUAUUGCUCAGUGGGUAUUUUCUGAAGUGUAAGAAUUCUUGUUUUUAUCAAAAUGAUAAGAGAUGGUAGAUCGGAUCCUUAGAUGAUAUUUAAAGAGAAACCAUCUUCAAAACUCAGUGGAACAGCGCCUGAGGGAAAAACACAGGCUUAGCAGAGGAUGGUUUCGAUCCAUCGACCUCUGGGUUAUGGGCCCAGCACGCUUCCGCUGCGCCACUCUGCUGCACAUUCCAUGCGUGCUUCAGAUCCCUCUUUGUAGCUUGCUGGCUAGCUUGCUCUGUUGGUUAAAAGGUGUUUUCAUUUUUAUAUUCCUGGAUGUUUUGGUAACAGUUACCAAAUCAAACUAACUCUAAAAUGCGUCUUAUUCUGUUUUUGUGUGUUUUCUGAAGAAAAAAUCAGCACGAGAGAGAAAUACUAAAGUACAAGGUAAAACUUUCAAUUGCAGUAUCUUAUGAAAUUGUCUUCCUCUUAAACAAACUCACUCUAAGACAACAACUAAACAUGUUCUUUCUGUCCUCCUUUCUGUGUUGACAGGGACAGGGCAGCUGCUGCUCUCAACAGACGUGGAUAUGCGUUACUACAACAACCUACUUGACCUAGUUCCCCCAGAAGCCUGCUCUGUGCCUCUAAUCUUACACAGCAUGGUGGAACAGGUCUGUGUGCUGCACACCGUUGUUUAGUUCAUUAAAUUUGAAACCAUCUUGUUUCAUUUGUGGCCUUUUUGUGCUUUCAGGUAGUGGUUUCAGAGGAGCAGCCCACCGUGUCCCAUCCAGAUGAGAUACCCAAACCUCACAAUGGUCCGGGGUUAGACUAUCAGGUUCUCAGCUGCAUGUUGACAAGCUUCCUGCCUCUGUUUGACACAGAUGAGGACAAGAGCCAACUGUUUGAGUACAUGCUGACCAAAGCGCAAAAUGAGGAGGACAAGAAGGUGUCACAUGCAUGCAGAAACACAUACACACUCAGAUCGUACAGUAUCUACAAAAUGUUUUGAGGUACAGGGUACAGUAUCUGCAGCAUUGGUGGUUCAGUGGUAGAAUUCUCGCCUGCCACGCGGGAGGCCCGGGUUCGAUUCCCGGCCAAUGCAGCUCACGUUUUCGCACGGGAGGGAACUUGCGACCCCUGCGAUCGCAUGGGAGGCUCGCACCCCCGUUUGCAGCACAAUAGCCGACCUUUGUCAGGUCGUCUGUCAUGCAAAAGGCCUGAAGAGCCUUCUCCGGCACACACGUGGUGCCUUGCGCCCGCCAUAAUAGGGGGGGAGGGUGCACUACAUUGCGCUUUGAAGCAGAGGUUGAAUGUGUGUGUGCCGGGGGAAGGGUGUAGGACUGUUUUUUGGCUUGAUUCUUCUAAAGUAGUUGUAAUAAAGAAUUAUAUAUCACCUAUAACAGCUAAAAACUUGCAAUCAAGGGAUUAUUUCAGGGGGUAGAAAGCAUUCCUGUAAUAUAGGAGUACAGUACUGCUGAAUGUAAGGUCAGAGCUGAGGUGUAAAUACAUAUACAUCCAGCAGAUGGUGCUAUAAUCACAUCUGAGAACAACUUACACAAAUGCACGCACAGUUCAGCAUUACUGAGGAAACAAGGUCUAUUAUCAUUAAAACAGAUAACAGUUGAUGUUGGUUAAUUUAACAUUAGUAUAAAGGAAAAUUGAUGUGACUCUAUAGUGUCAAAAUAUAACAUGGAGAAAUAAAUAACUUGUUUGUUUCUUUCUUGUUUUCCUGUUUAGAAGCUGGAGGACAAAUUCGGAGCAAAACAGCCUCCAAAAAAAUCUGUGCACCCCCAGGUUAUCAGGCAUCAUGAUGAGAGAGCACUGCGCUUGAGAGAUAUUGAUGCAAGUAGAUUUUAUUUGAAAAGUUAUUUCUUAUUCAUCAUUCUUGUCGAACCUCCCUGUUGAGCUCGGAACAGGAAUGUAGCAGAGGGAAUAUUCUCUAUUUUUUAUGACUGCCUGCCUCUGUUCUGAAGAUUCAGACCUCAGCUGUGCUCGUUCACUGUGUGAUUGUGUGUACGCAUGUGUGUCUUUACAGAGGAUUGAGGGUUUUGAUCCAGCAGAGGUGGAGUCGUCCAUGAUGAAACUAUCUCCAGUGUGGAAGCUGAUCCGUUCUGUGGCUCUUCAGAGUAACAGCAGCUCCUGUCGGAUGGCAAUCAAACAGCAGCUACGACACCACUGUACAGAUGGUCAGGCAUCUCUUACCUGUUUCCACACUAACCCACUCAAGCUGCUCUUAAUUAAAUGCAGCUCUAUUUCAAACACCUUUUCUUUAUAAUCUUUACUCUUUUAAUCAUGGUAUGGAGUUACUAGCCGUGAGAAAUUGUCCAGUCUUAGUUUUCUAAGCAAAAUGCCACAUAAUCCUUUUUUUUUUAAAAUAGAAUUUUAUUUGAACAUGAACAACAAUUCAACAUAGUACAAACGAAAGACAUAAACACACAAAAAAACAUUAAAAAACAAACAAAAAGAAAACAAAACCAGAGAGUCAAAUAAGUUUGUUGUUUGCAUGUUAAAAAAGGAGUGGGAGGAAGUCAAAACUUCACUAGUACCACCCUUUCACCUUGCACAAAUCAUCAAUAUGGCUAUCUUCACACUGCUGGUCAAUUCCAAUUUUUUAACCAUAUGUAACACAUAUCUGAUUUUUUUCAUCUAAGUGUGAACAGUGCAGUUCAGAUUUUUUCAAAUCCAACCCAGGCCUCUUUUGUAUGUGGAUAUAAAUUGGAUAUGUAUCCGAUGUGACUGCAGUGUGGACGCUCAGGUCGCGUUCAUCCGACCUGUACGUCAUCAACAUGCGACAAACGUCGCCAUUGUUUGACAACACAAACAGGCGCGGAAAGCAAUUUGUGCGCAUGUGGGUGAAUUCACGGACGCAUUCCGUUCACAUUAGAUGCCACAUUUGUUGUUGUAAUGUAAACGACCGCACAAAAAGAUCGGAUUUAACAAAUAUCCGAAUUGUGCAUCAUAACCUGCAGUGUGAACGUAGCCUAAUUUAUUUACCUGCUUCCAGUUAAUAAUAAUAACACUAACAAUAAUAAUCAUAAUAAUGAUCACAACAUAAACAAAACAAACAAAUAAUAUAUUAAAACAAAUGUUAAUGAAUGGAGAAGAAUGAGUUAAUAAAUAAAAAAAGAAACAAAUAAAUGGAACAAAAGAAAACGUCAACUUUCAGUGAUAUUUAUGCACUUGCAUCCUCAUACCUUUUAAAAGAUCAUAUUUUUACACUUUUUCUUAAAUUGCUGUAUGUUUGGACAUUGUUUCAAUCCAUUAUUCAGAUGGUUCCAAAGUUUCACACCAUAAACAGAUACACAAAGGCUUUUCCUUGAAGUUUUUACUUUUACAUUUUCAAAAUUAAACAAUCCCCUCAAAUUAUAUUUUCCCUCUCUGUCUGAACACCCCCUGAAUAUUCUUUGUUCUUGGUUGUCAAAUGUAUAAAAUGAUGGUUUUGGUUUCCCACAGAUGUUGUGUCAUGGCCAGAAGUGGAACAUUUUUUGCACCAGAGUGUAUUUGAAAGUAUGCCACUGACCAAACCGGACCAAAAAAGCAUCCUGCUGCAAGCUGCUGGUCCACUGGGAUCGAUGGAAGUGGCAGAACAACAAGAGUCUGUGAUAAUUCCCUGGGACAACCCACCAUGUUAUGCCAAACAGCAGCUAAAUAAUCUGCGAAAAAAAGGUCUGUUUGUGUCAUUCAGUCGUACAACAUUUUACUUUGUUUAAAAUGCAGUUUGUUAAAAGAAAAACUGACUCAGAAUAUGAGAUUUCACUGACAUCUUUGAACUUUACAUGUCGCUCUAGUGAUUUUCAGCACAAUACCCCGUUAUUUUUUUCAUCCUAGGUCCAACAUUUCUCACAGAAAAUCCAGGUGAUGGAGAGGUAAUAUUUCUCAGUGUGAACAAAAGAGUAAUGUGUGUUUUUCUCUUUCCUCCCUGUGAUGUUUUACAUGUUUUUUUCUCUCCACCAGAUCAAAAGAAGAGCUCAUUGCCAGCUGGACUUAUCAGACAUUCAAAGCUGUAGACUGAGAUCUCUGUCGGACUUUCACUACGCUGAACACCACAGCGCCUCUAUCUUCCCACAGGUGACCUGUCUCGUGUUGUCUUCCAGGGUUUUUAUUCACUGGCAUCAUUAGCUGAUGUUGCACCUGCUGGUUGUGAAUUGCGUUAAAGCAUAAUCCACUACAGCUAAGGCAUAAUGCAUAUGACAGCCAUUAAAAUCUUAGCUCUCCUCAUAUGGGGCUUCUGCAGCAAAUUUCUUUUGCUCAGUAAUUAAGGAAAAUAAAAUUCUGUAGCACUAUAGAUGUGAACAAAUAAACCCUACAGUGCUACAUAAAUAUGUUUAUUAAAUUUAAGACAAAAAUGUGAAAAUCUGUUUGAACAUCAUUUCAAGUUUUGUCGUUACUCAUCGAUGACUUUUAUUUACUUCAUGUCCAGGUACUUCAGGCAGCCUCAGAAGAAUACCGCUGCCUGGACACUUUCAGAGGAGGCCUGAACAACAUCAUGUACAUCUUUUGUCACAAUCCAAUGAGCCCUUAUCGUCAGAGCAAGGAAACCUGGGAUGUAAAGCUUCACACUGACGUUAAGUUCAGGUUAGAAUUAAUAUUGAUAAAAGUGAUACCAAAAAAAGUUCAAUUUUUCUGACCAAUCUAGCACAGUAAUACCUAGAUCAGCAAAACAGUUUUUGGUAGUUUUGGCGCUGUGGGUAGGUGCUGGUCCUGUUGGAAAAGAAAAUCUGAAAAGGAAAUUUCUCCUGGUAGAUUUUAGGUUGCGUUGACCUUGGAGUUGAUGAAACACAGCUAAUGGGAUGGCACCCCAAAUCAUCACAGACUGUGCAAACCUUGUGCUGGACUUCAAGUACCUUGAGUUCUGUAUCUCUCUGAUCUUAUUCCAGACUCUUGGACCUUGAUUUCCAAACAAGAUGCAAAAUUUACCUUGUUAUGACUUUGGACCACUGAGCAAUGGUCCAGUACUUUUCUUCCUAGCCCAUGCCCAGGCACUUUUCUUCCCAUACUUUUCCCCUCCUGUCAACUUUCCAUUCAUAUUAGGGUGGCCAUAUUUUGAAUCUCGAAAAAGAGGACAUGACUAUGCGGGGCGGGGUUACAGAGUUCGGGUCGAGUGUUUUUCUACGUGCAUCUAACUCAGUCAGUCCAUGUGACACAAACUCAAAAUUUGAUGUUUGAAUUAUGUAACCUCCCCCAGACAAGGUGGGACAGGCCAAACAACCCCCCAAAAAGAGGACAUGUCCGGGUAAAAGAGGACAUAUGGUCACCCUAAUUUAUAUGCUUCCAUACAGCACUCUGUGAACAGGAGCCUUUUCAGCAAUGACCUUCUGCAGCUUACCCCCCUUAUGGAGGGUGUCAGUGAUCAUCUUCUAUACAACUGCCAAGUCAGCAGUCCUCUCCAUGAUUGUGGUUGUGUGAACUGAACCAGAGUGAGAGAAUAAAAGCUCAGUAAACCUUUACAGGGAGUAAGAGUAAUUGGCUGAGUAAAGCUCUUUUCAUGACUGAGAUAACUGACAAGAAACUGGAUGUUUAAUAUUUUGAGAUGGUGGGUUUAGAUUGUUGUGAUCAUGAAGAUUCAAACAAAUAUUUCACUCUUUGUGCAUGAUGAAUCUAAAAUGUUACUAUUUAAGAUUAAUUGUGGGAAAUGUUGACUUUUUCAGGGCAUACAAAUUUUUUGAGCUUCAGUACAUUGCUAUUUUAACAGGACAUGAAUGUUUUUUUUCCUUUUGCUUAAAAAAGAAUACACUUCUUUAACUGCAGCUUUUUAUCUGUUUUCUGCAUAUAACUAAAUACAUGAAAAAAUGUGGGCGCUGAGUUUAUUUUUAGAAUUGUUACCUGUUGACAGGAAGUACCUUGCGCAUGUGGCAGAAACUGUUGCAGAUUGGACAAAAGAGGAAGAGCUGAAGAGAGACGAGAUGCAGUUAAGAAACAGGAGGCCUUCUGAGUCUCUUAUAGGUACUGUAUACUCUAAGCUUAGAUCUCUGUCAAGGGAGGUGAACUCACAGCCUUCCACAUAUAUAAAUAUAAUGUCUAUUUUGUGUCUGAACUAGAGGAAAAGGUCAAAGAUUCUGCAGAGGAGGAGGAGAUCACUUUGGAGCCAGUCAUCAGAAAAGACUCUCUUAAAGUCAGUACACACCGACCACAUUAACACUCACUUUCACUGUGUUUCAUCAUGAUUGCAAUAACUCUUUGGACAAUCCGCAGAAAUGUUUGUACAUGGCUAAAUAAAACGAAAAUCCCUUCUUACUAUGAGAUUCAGAUUGAAAUACAUCUUAUUAAUAGUUACAGAGUGUCACACUUAGGCUUGAUUUAUAUAACAAAUCGCAGAAAAAUGCAGAUCCUAUCACCUAUUUUCCAACAGAACUGCCUUUUUAAAUACAGAUAAGUCCGAAUAUUUUUACUAUAGGGUUUGGUACUAAUGUCUUAGAGGAGGAUGAAUAUAUAUUGCAAAUGUUGUUGAUGUGAACGCUUGUAUUGACAGGAUACGGGUUCGAAAAAAAAAAUGACGUCAGAAAUAAUGGCACGAAAAAAACGGUCCUGGUGUGUAAGGACCUUUAAUCUUAGAAUUCUGACUUUUUUUCUCAGAAUUCGGACUUUUUUUCUUAGAAUUCGGACUUUUUUUCUUAGAAAAAUAAUUUAUAAAAAUUACAUCAAACCUUUUCAUUUUUUUUUUUUAAUUUGUAGUUGCCCUAAUCAUCUUCUACACAUUUCUUACUGGAAUUGAAAUCCAAAAAAGACUGCAGCUCCGUAGGCUUAAAUAAUGUCCAGAUUUUGAACCAGACUUCUUUGUGAAACUGUGCACAUGACAGGCAUGGAAGUUGGAGCAGGAGCGGCUUCAAGGAGAGGAGAUCGCCAAAAAAGCCAAAAAGGACAGUGCUGCGAAAUCUAAGCAGCAGAAAGAGGAGGCCAAGUCAACCAACAACAAGAAAAACAAAGCUUUGACAAGUGGCAAGAAGAGUAGAGCACAGACCACAAACAACUCAGCCAAGACCCCAGGAGAGCCCACUGCUACCACAGAGCCGUCUGUGGAGGGAGAAAAAGAGCAGCAUCCAACAGAGGAGAAGUUCAAUGUGAGGGGACACAAAAUCAAUAACUACCUGAGUAUACGGUUUGAACGUCUAGCAUUAGAGCUGGAACUCGAGCAUUCAAAGUAGAUGAUGACUUCUGUUUGCUGAGAGGUCAUUAUGUGUUUGUGAUGGGUUGUGUUGCUGUACUGGCAGUGUUUCACAGGCUACAGCAUGGAUGGAAAGUUGAUUCAUGUGUCAGGUCAUAUCCAGCACCUGUUCCCUUCAGAUGGAGGUCAUAUCAUUGCGGAGAAUAUCAGCUAUGUUGAAGGUAUUGAGACAAAAUUUGAGAUAGUAGAAAAUAAUCCAAAUAUGCAUGUGUAGAUCAGAGUAAACCCACCGAAACACAGAGAGCAGGCUCUGUGUUUUACUGUUUUACAGCAUGCUCGGUGUCAUAUGGCACAUAUGAUGAGUGAGGGUAUUUAUAAAGUGCAACCAAGCGGUACUACAUGAUAGUGCUGGUGAGAGGUGCUUUUUCAUCCUGCCAUUCAUUUUUCCCUGUUUAAGGUUCCAGCCUGAUGAAAGUGACUGUGAAGAAGGAUGGACAUCAUUUCUGCACACACAUUGACCGCAUUAUUGUUGAUCGAGCACAAUCCCCCUCUCAGCCCCAAGACAAGGAGUCCAAUGUUAAAGAUAUUAAAGGUAAAGACACUCAUUAAGCUACAGAUGCUAAUAUAUAAUUGUACUUUAAUUCAAUAUUAUAAUGAAAUGGAUAAUAAUUUCUAGAAACAAAACUGACCGCGUUUGUGUCCCUUCAGAGUCCGGGCCUGAGGAGAAAAAAGAAGUGAAACAUGGUUCCUUCACAGCAGUUUUAAACAAUGGAGUUCACCUCUCAUACAGUUACUAUGGUCCAACAGGAGAAUACAGAGGUUUUACUCUUAAAUACAUACAAUUACAAGCCUUUGUUGAGCAUUAAAUGGAUAUUCUAGCAUAAAUCUAAGUUAGGGUCAAACACACUGUAACACCAAGUUGGACACCCCACUCGAGAGAUGAAAGAGACUGAGUGCAGCGGAAAAUUUAUGAUUAUUACUUCAUUGAAAUGCAAUCAGACUGAGACGCUAAGGCAGAAUAAUUAACUACCAUGCCUGCUGUGCACAUAAAAGAUAGACAAGAACAUUGUAAAUGUUGUUCCUUAAGCUGCGAAACUGCUGCACUCUGUGAUAGACUUGUCAGGGCUCCCCCGCAAACAAGCGGCUGCUGGAAGAGACUGGGUGAGUUGUGUUUAGUCUCUUUGCUAAAGAAAUCAGGCGCAGCUUAAAAUAUGUUUGGUGCCUAGUGCUAUGCCUGGGAACCUAUAUGUACCGUUGAUGAAGUUAGGUGCUGUUCUGAGCAUUAUUUGGGGCUAUAGUAUGGCUUUUUGGAUGAGGAGACAUAGACCGCUGUGUAUUGCUAUCGUGCGGUCGUCACUAAAGUUCGUACAACAGAGAAGCAAGCUGUCUGCAACAUUCAUCUCUCGAGGGGUUGUCUAACUCGGUGUUCCGGUGUGUGUGACCUUCACUUAGAUUUACGUCGGAAUAUCCCUUUAAUUGAGCCUUUUUGGUAUAAAUAUCCUUUUUAUGUCACAAACUGGUUGACUGUGUCCUUGUCAGGUGAUGUGCUGUCGAGUGACCUGGAAACAGCAGGAGGGUCCCCAGAGACCUCUACUCCUCUUCCCAUCUCACCACCCUCCUCUUCACAACACUCAAAGGUGACUGUGCUGGGUUUGGGUCCAAGGAGGACACAAAGUCAGUCUAGCAACUCCAAUCAUCCUGAGAACAUUUGAUAAAAGAAAUAUAUUUGCACAAAAACAUAGAGCUGCACCCCUCAAAUCCUGUUAUUUAGUUUAACUAUCUUGUCCAUUAUUAUUAAUAUCAAAGUACUGUUUGCUCUGUGCUUAUUUUUAUGUGUUCCUGUGCAGUCGAAGAUAUGUGAAGGCCAGCCGCCACUGACAUCAACUCCAUUUAACAGUCUCAGCCUGUCUCUUCCUAAUGGCCUACUGCUGCAGUUCCUAAGGGAGGAAACACAAGGUCAGUAACACAAUCUACACAAGUCUGACAGUACAAAGGAAGAAGUUUGUGUGGCAUAAAUUUGCCCCUGAAAACCAAGCAAAGUGUUUGAAUAUCAUUAUACAUUUUCCAAUACAUGUAUUUUUAUCUUGUAUGCCUGUCUUUGUGUAUCCAGAUGUGUCGUUAAAGGAGCAAGGUAUUUUGGUGAAACAGAGCUUUCCUCUUCACGGUAGAGGAGUAGCAGGACAGCUUCAAGACCCUUUCCUUUCUAAAGAACUGUCCCGUAUCGUAACCAGCCAAGGAGCUGUUAUCAGACACAUGAGGGAUGGGUCCACCGAGGUAAUAAUACUGCAUGCACAUCCAUUCAGAGACAGUUUACCAGCUUUACUGAUUUGUCUUGAACCACCAUGGCUGUGUCUUUUUACAGUUUGAAGUAGGGCUGGGCGAUAUGGCCUCAAAUCAAUAUCACGAUUAUUGAGCAGUUCACCUCGAUAACGAUAAAUGAACGAUAACUACUCCACAAGCUGCUCACCUCCUCCCACUUUAACUCUGUCUACUUCAGCCGCUACAACGUUUGAACCGUCCUCCAUCUUCUCACCUGUCUUUCCCUCUUUGUUACGGACUGGGGUGGAGUCAUGUCUUAAAGGGACAUGAGACCAUAGCCUACCUACACCAACUUUUAUCUCUUUAUUUUUUUGACACUGAAUAUAUUGACAGGGACAAAAUGACGUCAGUAAUUGUCGUAAAUUUUGGUAUCUGUAAAUUUUCGGUUUAUCGCCCGGCCCUAGCUUGAAGCAAACUAACCACUUGUGCAUUGCAGGUUCUGCCUGCAGAUGGCUCUGUGAGUCUUAAACAAGAUGCUGGCCCGGUUUGGGUUCCUGGCUCUGAUCUUGAGGGGGGAAAUACCCCUCAGGAAAGUGAGGACACAAAGACAGGUAAGAGUCCCCACAAAUAAAUGCAAAACUGUGUUUCCUCAACUUACAAAUGAACAUGAUUGACUCCUUUUUUGAGGAUAUCUCAUCCUUCCUUUGUAUCUGUUGUGUGUUUCUUCACAGAACGGCGCUCAGAGGCGGAGGCAGACUCACAAAGAGGGCUUUGGAUAACUACAACACAAUAUGGAGCUCGUAUCCACACUGUGGGUACAACGCACAAACACAUAACAACCACACCUCUCCUUGUCUUCAAAGCCACAGACCCAAUCACACAUGAGGUAAGGGAACACUCUGACUAUAUGACAUUAGCACUUCUGUUACUGUGGUGCUACAAUAUCACAUCAGAAACAGCUUUUUAGAGUUUGUAAUUGUCUUAAAAUGAUAGAAAAAUUCCUGUUUUUUCUAGGAAUAAAUUAUUGUUUUUGUUUGUGUGUGUCAGGUGAUGUUAAGACGAGAGGAUCUGGUCUCUGUAUGGAAACCUGAUGGAUCUCAAAGUGUGGAACACACGGAUGGAACCAGGAUUACCGGAAACUACCAUAACAGACCACCUAACACAUCUGAACGCCUGCUUUUGCACCCAGGUAACAAGCAUGCAGGGCAUACACGGCAUGCUCACAAAAUACAACACAAAAAUUAGCUUGCAAACAUGAUUUAUCUGACAUAAGCUCCCAUGACUCUUCACUUUCCAGGUAGUGAACACUUUUCAUCUGUAUGUGCAAGUACGGAGGAAGUACAGAUCCAGAACACUAAUGUAGAAACAACAAGCAGCUGCAGUGGAAAGGAAGCUGUGAGCGAGCAUGGGUGUGAUGAAAGAGAAAGUAGCGUGUUAAAGAAUGGUGAAGUGAGCAUGAUGGCAGAGGAGAAUAGUAAGAGGAGUGCAUGUGGCAGCGACGAGGAGAUUUUGGCGACCAAAGAGCGAUUGGUGAUGGUGGAGAAGGAGGGCUGCCCCACAGUGGUGAUGUACCCAGAGCGACACACGGCUCAUGUCUUCUUAGCAGAUGGGACUGUCAUCACUGGGGACAACCAAGGAGCCUAUCAGGUGAUUUACAGCAAAUCUCUCAUUUAUUAUUCAUAUAAGAACUACAUUUUUUUUGUGAGCUCACUUGUUUGUUUGGUUUUUGUGUCUCUUCCUCUAUCCAAGGUGUUCCCGUCCAGUGUAGGUCUCCUACAGAUCCAAAGUGAUGGGAAGUGCGUCUACUCCUCUGACCCACCUGUCACCCCAAGUCCUAAUAAUGGCUCUCCUACAAACCAACCAGGAAGCUACUCCAUGAGUCACACGGACAAAAUGGCCUGUGAUAUUACAGACCCUGAUGGCAACCAUUUCCAGGUCAGUGAAAGAUAGGGGGACUAUAAAUCCUCUUUUACCUGGACAUGUCCUCUUUUGGGAGGCUGUCCGGCCGGGGGGGGUUUAUAAAAUCCUUCUGGGGUUUUGUAUGGAAGCCUGUUUCUGCCAGUGAAAAGGAAAAAAAAAAGAGUAGAUAAAAUAUGUUAUUUUUUUUCUUUUUUUUUUUUAAGAUGAAAAAAAAAAAGGUGAGACAAAAUAUCGUCUAUUUUUUUUUUCAAAGAUGAGAAAUUUUUUUUUAUCUCAUCUUUUUUUGAUCACUGGUGGAAACGGGCUUCCAUAAUUUUGUGUUCGAGUCACCUCGGAAGUCAGAUGUUGUAGCUAAAAAUGCCAUCACACCCGAGUUACCAGCGUUUCAGUUACCAAGUCGGAAAAUAGCAAGAUCGGAGGCAGAAACAAGAUGGCUACAUCAACGAAAGUUAUUUUAGUGCUUGCCUUAUAUUCAGACAAGGCAAGCGCUAAAAUUAACUUAAGUAAAUGUAGCCAUCUUGUUUCUGCCUCCGAUUUAGCUUUUAUUCGGACUUGGUAACUAAAACACUGUUACCUCGGGUGUGACGUCAUUUUCAGCUCGGACUUCUGACUUAUGAGGUAACUUGAACGCAGCAUUUAUCUUCGCAUCACAGACCAUUGUACUUGCUGUACACGUUCAAUGGUUCAUUUGGAAUAUGUGUUUAACUGAGUUAGCGUAUAGAAAAAAACUCAAAAUUUGUAGCAGUGUCCUCUUUUUGAGGAAUUAAAAUAUGGUCAUCCUAGUGAAAUAGAUGAUUUGAAGAUAAUUCAUGUAAAAUUCUUUGCAAGAAAAAAAGUGAGAAAUUACAUCCAGCCAUUCAUUUGAAAAAAAAAGAACAAAAAACAUCUCAACCAGGACAUAAAAGGAACAAAACAAGCGAAAACAAAAAUCAGAGGCGCUGAAGAGUCUGAUUUGUGAAUUUUGGAAUCUUUAAAAUGUGAGAUAACCAGCUGUUCUUGUUUUCUGCAGGUGAUGGAAGACGGGCAGUUAUCUGUGUUGAAUUUAAGUCCUGCUCCCAGCACACUGAAUCAGGAUGAAGAGGAGCUGGAGGAGGAUGAGGACAGAGAAAUAUCUGUGAUUAAUGCAAAACACAGAGAACACUGUCCCAGGUGGGAAAAUACACCUAUGGUCUAAACCCUAGUGUGAUGUUACACUUAAUUAGAGCUGUUUUUCUUAUAACAUCCCCCAGAUAAUCAGCUUUAACCACCAAGAACAAGAAGUCUGCAGUAUUUAUAUGCUUUUGUUGAAUGCAAAAAAAAGAUGGGAAGGCUGUGCAGCUGUGAACUUUUCAAAGAUGUCUUAAAAUGUUUGUGUGAACAGAGCAAGUCAGCAGAAAUGAGACUGCGCUGUAACAUUAACAUUGUUCUGCUGUUUUUUAUGGGAAUGACUCAGAGCUAUGAAAACACAUCUUGUGUUCCAGACUGUUUAUAGUGCAUGAAGAUGGCUCUGGCACUGAACUACUGAGCUCCCAAACUGUAGAGGAACUGCUCUAUCAGGCGUACUCUGACCCUACCAUUGCAGUGCUGAAGGAACCGCUGCCAGACACACAAGGUUCACGUCAUUAUCUUAAAAACUGAGAGACCAAAUCCUCUUGAACUACAAGGCUGCUGCAAAUACUACAAUUACCUUUUGGUUCAAUGCAUUCAUUUUUGUAUUAUGCUGUAAAAUGAGCUAUUUCUGUGGUUGAGUGUAAUACUAUUAUUUUUCUUUUACGCUGUUUCAGAUGAGUUUGGCAUAACCAUCCUCAAGCCCAGCCAGCAGAGUGUGUGGUCCCAGUGGUUGCUAGGGAAACAGAACCCUAACAUUACCCCUCCCAAUCUGAGAAACCGCACCUGGCAUGACUUCCCUAGGACAGAGGUACAGGUACACAUACUCAUUUUGCGUGUAUGAGCAGGGUGAUAACAGAACCAGUAGGGGUGAGAAUCACCAGUGGCCCCACGAUACGAUAUUAUCACGAUACUUGGGCCACGAUAUGAUAUUAUCACGAUACUUGAGUCACGAUACGAUAUUAUCACAAUACUUGAGCCACGAUACAAUAUUAUCACGAUACUUGGGCCACGAUACGAUAUUAUCACAAUAUUAUCACGAUACUUGAGCAGCGAUACGAUAUUAUCACGAUACUUGAGCCACUAUAUGAUAUUAUCUCGAUACUUGAGCCACAAUACAAUAUUAUCACGAUACUUGGGCCACGAUACGAUAUUAUCACGAUACAUGGGCCACAAUACAAUAUUAUCGUGAUUUUUAACAUUUCGCAAUACAGUUAGAUAUUAUCGCAAUUUUAACAUUUUGCAAUACAGUUAGAUUUCUCACGAUUUUUUCAUUUUGCAAUACAGUUAGUAUUGCGACACAAUAUAUUUCGAUUUACACAUUUUUUUUAACUGUUUAGCUAAUUUAGCAUUUGUCUUUCCUUUAUGUUCGUCUUAUUUACGUUGUAUUUUAUUUCAUGUAGCACAUCUUGCAAACUCUUACAACAUCUUACAACAAUUGUUGUACUAACUUUCUCCUGCUCUAUGAUGUCACCGCUGCCAACCUCACUGGACAAACAGUUGAUUUUAUUUUUCCAUUAUGAUAGUUUUGACUUCAUAUUAGCAAUUUAUUUGACAAAUCAAUACUUGGUAAAUGAGACGAUACGAUAUAUCACCUGACAAAAUAUCGCAAUACUAUGCUGUUUUGAUUGUAUCGAACCAGAGCCCAGCGGUGACAUGUCACAUCUGUGUUUUCACUCUUACUCAGGAAAUAGCGCCAGGGUCUCCAUUUGGCACUAACCUUGGAUGGGGUUUGACUCUGAAAGAGACGUGUUCUGGUUUAGCAGCGCAGCAUCAACCUGUCAGGAGCUGCCCUAAAGUCCUGGAGAUCAGAGAACUAUACCAGCACCGACCAAUCACCACUCCAUUCAAGAACACCAUAGAUAUUAAACUAAAGGUAAAACAGACACAAAACUUUGGGUCUUAUGUCAGUUUGCAUGAAUACAUGGGUGAACUGAUAUAGUGGCACCACCCUGGUCAUGGUUGUGAUAUUAAAACCUUUAAAAACACUGGUGUGUGUCUUUGACUGCAGGAAUACAUUGAGAGUCUGAUGGAGAGGGAGCAGCGAUCAGAGGAGAUGAAAAUAAAAGAGCCUCGCACUGAGGAGGAGAUUGCUCGUGCAAGUGAUCUUCUAAACUUAGUCCUGGUCAGUUCACAUAAACACAUAUUCAAACACUCAUACAAGUCAUAAUCAGUACAUUCCCUCCUGUGGAAAAGAGAGGUGUUAACUUACUCUUCCCACACUAUGAUUAAGUACUUGCUCAAAUCCUGCAGAUAGUGCAUCAAUAUUUUUAUUUUUUAUUAAUUGUUAAUUUAAUAGUCUUUUGCAGAAGAAGAGGAGGCUGCUCAAAGCUUUAACAAGAGGACACCAGGUAGAUGGUAUUAUUUAUUCCUGUGUAUGCUGUCAGUGAACAAUAGAUCACUUAUGUGCUUAAAUGAAAAAGCCUCGCUCAACUAAAUGAAUUAUGACUGUGGUCUUGAUUGGCUGAAACCCCUCAACAAUAGAUUCUGUAGCGUUGUUUUGAGGAGGCACAACUUGAGCUCAUGUGAAAUCAAAACAUUCAAAGGAGUUACCUGACUUGCUUUGUAUCUGAUCUUGUGCACCCUGUAAAUUUAUUGUCCUCUGAUUCCUCUUCUGUGUAUCUACAGAGGAUAUAGCCAAUCUGUACAGCCAAGGAGUUGAGGCCCCAACUGAGGUGGACGUUUCAGAAGACACAGCUUCAAUAUCCAGUGACAGGUUGAAUGGAUAAAAUGACAUUACAUGACUUGGACAGUGUAACCUAAUUCAAGGUGUCAGAUUUGUGUAUUUGAACUGUAACGGUAUUUCUUUGAACCCUCUUUUCUGUUUAGUUUGACUGGUGAAACCAAGUCAAAAUGGACAAGAAGACGGGCACAGCACAGGUGAUUGUUUGCUGGUGUCCUAUGCUUUUCUGAGGUUCUUAAUGAAGACUUAUUCACUGCUCACACUACACAAAACAACACUCUUAAAUAGUGACUGCAGCACAACUGAGAGUGCCUCCUAGAUAAUGGACUAAAGUGAAAAAUGAAUGCACCUCCAUGGUUAAAAGAACAUUAUGCUUGUACUAGUAGCCAUUAACUCAUCAGUAAUUUUCUCUGCAUGCACAUGUACAUCAGGCAGGAAAUAUCCGAGGGGCACACGUACAGAGAAGCUCUGAAGAAGAAGAGAGUAGUUCCCUUUUUCCACCCAGAAAAUUAUCCACUAUACCAGGAACUGUUGGUAUCCACCUCUACAGUAAGUACAAAAAUGUCUAAUUUUGCAGAGCCCUCAAUAACAUGUUAAAAACACAACACAGCCAGAAACACAAAAUUGUUACCUGUUUUGUAGCACCAAAGACCAGACAUGAAGAGUUUAUCCAUGGCUCUACCUCCAAUGUCAAAGUCAGACAGUGCUGAGGCCUUCUUAAAAUAUGCUCCACAAGAAACCAGUGAGUUUUUUUACACUGUCAGUAUUGGUCAAGUAAUGCUGAAUUCAGAAUACAAUAAAUGUUUUGUUGUUAUAGCUUGUACAGAGGCACUAGAGAUAACAAAGUGGACUGUAAAGCAACCCUAGACAGUUUAUUGUAGAGAGAUCAGACUGUGUGUCAUACUUGUUCUUGUUCCUGCAGCCCCACGGCCUUUGAACCCAACACCAUCACAGUCUGCAAGGUAAUGAAGGGGAUGUUUUGCUUUGUGUUUCUUCUUCUUUUUUUAGCUUAAUUGCCGCACAUUACAAAACAUCAUCAUAGGUUGUAUUUUAUCAAUUUGGUUUGUUUGUCUAAAUCACUUUUAUGUUGCUGUUGUGACACUUCUUAACUUCUGUGUUUUUUUUUUUUCCUCAGUCGUGCAGCAGGAAGCGGCAGGAUACUUAAAAAGAGACCAACCAAUACAGAGCCUCACACUGCAGGUCUGUAGCCCAUCCUCUAACUAAAGGUCUCUUUUGUUUCAUGAAUGAGUUGAUGGCUGUAUAUUUGUAGAAAUAUAUGUGUGUGUGUUCUCAUGCCAGGUGAAAGCAGACUGAGAGAUUCAUCCGAGCAAACUAAGUCCCUCCUGGUAGACGUGACUGGGAGACCUCGAAGGACUCAAGUCAGACUACCAACUUCUAUCCUCAGCUCGAAACCCUACAGUGUACCAAAUGAACAGGUAUUCACAUUCAUUUAACGAAUCCCAAUAUUUAAGUAGCUGGAGUGGAUUAGUUUAACUCUUAUAUUCUUGUUAUUUGCACUAAAGUCAAAACUUAAACAGUUUGGCAACCAACGAAUCAAAGCCGCAAGUCGGAAAACCAAGAUGGACGCCUGCUGUUAGCCAUUGUUAGCUGUUGUUUACGAUUGUCAGCUGUUGUUAGCCGUCGUCAGUUGUUGUUGGUGGUUGUCAGUUGUUGUUAUGCUACGUUUGAGUUACCUUGGAAGUCAGAUGUCAGAGCUGAAAAUAAUGUCACACCCGAGUUCCCAGCGUUUCAGUUAUCAAGUCGGAAAAAAUCAAAAUAGGAGGCGGAAACAAGCUGGCUACAUCUAUGAAGGUGUCCGAAUAUAAGAAAGGACAAGGAAAGCGCUAAAAUGUUUCCACUUCUGAGUUUGCUCUUUUCCGACUUGGUAACUGAAACGCUGGUAACUCGGGUGUGACGUCAUUUUCAGCUCGGACUUCUGACUUCCGAGGUAACUCGAACACAGCAUUAGUUGUUGUUAGCUAAACCAGUUAUCACAGUAUUUACUCUAACAAACACCAUAGUACCGUGCUCACAGUUUGACGUUGGGCAGUACAACAUAAACCGCUUAUUUACUUACACAAAAAUGAAACAGAAGUGCUAAUAUAUAAUACAUUACGAGAGCUCUCACUUUUACUCUUUACUGUUGAUGCACUGCGCUGCCAUCUUGGAUUAUGACGUUGUCGUCAAGUCGGGGUUGGUGAGGAUUGUCCGACUUUCCGAGUUGGAAAUCCGACUUCAAGGUGAAUUUCCGACUCGGUGCUCAGAAAUUCUGACUUUUGAGUACAACUGGAAUGCAGCGUAAUUAAAUGAAUAUCAUCUAAAUUAUGUAAAAUAUCUUUAAAAACUCUUAAUUUCUUUUAUCAUACAAUCAAUACUUUAAAGGGACCUACAGUUGAAGAGAUGGGGAUACAUAGAACAAAAUGUUCCUGUACUGCAAAUGACCAGUAAUGUGACCCAUUUUACCCCAGUCACACUAUAAUCACACAACAAAUCUGAAAGUACGAGCCCCCUGUUGCCAUGCUUUGUGAACAUCCUGUCUCCUCCAGUUCCUCUCAGUAGAAGAGCCAGUGAGGAUGAAGUGUCGAACUGUUUCCAUGGCCAAUCCAGAUCUCAUAGUACGGGGAUUCCAGCUUCUCCCCUCAAGUGUCAACUUUGGUACAGUGCAGGAAGGCACCUCCACUGCCUUUACUGUGGUGAUGACGAAUGUGGGUGUUGACACCUGCAGGUAAGAAACUAGAUUAUAGAUAAAUGGAAGAAUGAAUUGAAAGACAAACUGAAGAAUGUGGGUUUCUGGGUCAGGGAAAUGAUGAAAUCAUUUUUUUGUCUAGUUGCAACCUUUUUUUAUGUCAUGUAGCACGGGAUGAAGAGCUGGGUGCUGUGGAUGGAUGCAGGCGAUUUGUAGGUUACCUUAGGUCCAAAGGGAAAACUUUGACCUGUCUCUAUUUUUGCUUUUUGUUUCUAUCAGAUUCCAUGUGAAGCAGCCUCCUCUUGCUACAGGCCUGCGGGUCAUCUACAAUCCUGGGCCUGUGAGUUUCAGAUAGUUAACAUAUAUAACUGAUAAGAUUCAUCUUUGUUUACCUAUCAUUUCCCCCAUAUGUGUGGUGGAAUUGACAUUCAAACUUUAUAAGCUGUGAACUGUUUGUUUAGGUGCCUGCAGGUUUGCAAGCCCAGCUGAAGGUUCAACUAUUUGCCAUGUGUGCGACCCAAACAGGAGAGGUAGAGCCAAAAAAAUACAUCUCUCAUGAUAUUGUCAUCAACACUGAGACAGACAUCCUCUACCUGCCUGUCACAGCUAAUAUCCUUCUCAACAGUUCAAGAAAUGCUGUAUGAAGAAAACAAGACCCUCUUUUCAUUUUCAUUUUUAAAUCCAUUUUUUACAGCCUGAACAAAUGGGUACAGAUUAACAACAUUUACAGGCUUAUAGGGGACAGAAAUCUUUUGUAUUACAGCCACAUAUACAAGUAGUCUGAGUGUCUCAUCCAGGUAUGAUUAGAGGAAACCUACAGUGAUGUUAGUCCUUACAAAAUUUCACCCAUCCUUCCGGAGAAGUUAUAUGGCAUUUGGCUCAAAGACCGCAACAAGAAAGGCUUGAAGAUUCGUCAGCAGUCUUCACAGGCCAACUCUCCUCUGACCAGGUCUCCAAAAAGCAAGGGUAAGUACACUGUCUUAUUUGAGAAAAAGCUGAUUUAAUGUAUUGAAAGAAAGCAGUGUCAAUCUUAAAUCCGUCAUUUGUUUUGUAAUUUCAGGACUCCACUAGCUUGAGAGGAAAAAAUCCAAUCAGUUUACACAAGAUACCAUCCUACAACAUUCACCAGGAUCAGUU